AUGGUCAUCGGCAGCACACGCUUUCCACACAAGAAUAUCCAUAAGAUAACGUGGGUCUCCGCGGAUAACGUCACCCGAAACCAAAUAGACCAUAUUUUGAUAGACGGGAGACACUGCUCUAAUCUUCUGGAUGUCCGAAGCCGUAGAGGAGCAAACAUCGACUCCGAUCACCAUCUUGUUGUAUGCAAAAUAAGAGCACGAAUAUCAUGGUAUAAGUACACCAAAACGGUAACAACAAAAAAGAUUGAAACAACAAGGCUGAAGAGAGAGCAGGAUGUCAAAUACAAAUAUAUGGACACAGUUCACAGAGAACUUAUGAAAGUGGGCGAAAGAAAUAGCAACAGCAUUGGCGAUCCUGAUAGCACCUGGCGGAAUCUUAAAGGGGUUUUAUCUACGGCUGCUAGUGAGAUUUUGGGAUUUGAGGAAAAACCGAAGCGUAACGACUGGUUUGAUGAUGAAUGUCAAAAAAUCACUAAUGAGAAAAAUGAUGCAUACAGAUUAAUGCAACAGAAGUAA